AUGCAAACCUUGGCAUUCUAUUUCUCGCACAUCACCACCACCCAACUUGCAUGCACACCACGUGGCCGCCAGCGCCGCGCCACCACUCUCCACCGUCCACCACCUAUCUCCUCUCUCACACGACCACUUCAACGCCACCAGGUUACCCACUCUAUGCCACCUGAGAAAGUGGAGGUGUUCAAGUCACUAGAAUCUUGGGCCUCUCAGGGUAUCCUCCCUCUCCUCAAGCCCGUAGACCAAUGCUGGCAACCCAACGACUUCCUCCCGGACCCAUCCCAGCCGUUUGAACACUUCACUGAUUCAAUCAAGGCCCUCCGUGAACGGACGGCCGAGAUUCCCGACGAGUAUUUUGUAGUUUUGGUGGGUGAUAUGAUCACUGAAGAUGCAUUGCCCACUUAUCAGACCAUGAUCAACACUCUUGAUGGGGUAAAGGACGAGACUGGGGCCAGCCCAAGCCCAUGGGCCUCGUGGACUAGGGCCUGGACCGCUGAGGAGAACCGGCAUGGUGAUUUGCUGAGAACCUAUCUGUAUCUUUCGGGUCGGGUUGAUAUGUCCAUGAUUGAGAGGACCGUGCAGUACUUGAUUGGAGCUGGAAUGAAUCCAGGGACAGAAAACAGUCCUUAUUUAGGCUUCGUGUACACAUCAUUUCAAGAACGAGCCACAUUUGUGUCUCAUGGCAACACGGCACGGCUAGCCAAGGAAGGCGGGGAUCCCGUACUUUCUCGCAUAUGUGGGACCAUCGCAGCAGACGAAAAACGUCACGAGAAUGCAUACGUGAAGAUCGUCGAAAAGUUGCUCGAGGUUGAUACAAACGAAACCAUGAUUGCCAUUGGAGACAUGAUGAGAAAGAAAAUCACAAUGCCUGCCCAUUUGAUGUACGAUGGGCACGACGAACAUCUCUUUGAGCAUUUUUCGGCUGUGGCACAGAGACUUGGGGUAUACACACUCAAUGAUUAUGCUGACAUUCUGGAGUUCUUGAUUGGACGGUGGAGAUUAAAGAAGUUGGAGGGUUUAAGAGGUGAAGGGAGAUGUGCACAGGACUUCGUGUGUGGGCUGCCGUCGAGGAUCAGGAAGUUGCAAGAGCGAGCCGAUGAACGAGCCAAGAAGAUGAAGGCACAGAGUGUGAAAUUCAGCUGGAUUUUCAACACUGAAGUGACCCUGUAA